UCCAGCGUAGACCUCACUGUACAUCUACAAGGAUUUAAUCCACGAUAACUUUGACGGAGAAAUGCCCUCGAUUGCGACAUCAGUGUUGUACACCACAUUUCUCGUCCACAGGAUGUUCCGUCCCGACCGUCGAUCCGGAUGGGGAGGACAUGGCCGAGACGCUGCAGCCUCGCCGAUGCAUUCUGGGUAUCCUGGAGAAGCAUACUCUCCCGCCCCCUCGAACAUGUGUUUGGGUGAUGGACACGCGGAUUUUGGGGAUUGCCUCACUCCUGUGCUGUUGGGUUUCCUCUGGUCCUGUUGUUCUGGCUCACCUUAGGGGUUGUCGGUGGUCAUCGAAGACAGGGGAGAGGUACAUGCUGU